AUGCUGCCCGAGUCCAAUGGCAGUCCAUAUCCCGGGGGCGAUGCACCGAAACUCCGGACUGCAUGCGAGAACUGCAGACAGUCCAAGGUGAAAUGCAACAUACCGGGUAAGAGUGUGUGCACGCGGUGUUUGCGACAUGGUUUGCAGUGCCAGUACGGGUUCGCCAACCGCUCCGGCAAGCCAAAAGGCAGCAAGAACCGCGCCACGCUGCGAAAGCUCGGCCAACUACAAGAAGACAAGCCGACGAUGCGCGGGUUCCAUGGCUGUCGGCUCGUUGCCCCCGUGCUUGAUCUAGAGCCUGUGGUCGCUGUGGGCUAUGCCGGCCAUCGACGUGAUCCAAAAAUCGAGGACGAUGUCUGUCUGAUACCAGGUCAGCCAGGGCUGUGGGAAAGCCCACGAAUUCUCGACAGCGUUGCCACGCUAGAGACCUCAGUAUGCUCCGGGCAGUUACCCGCCCUGGAUGGCUCGCCGUUCAUCGACCGAGCCGAUUCCUGUGCGGUGCUCCCCGCAGGUAUUGGAUAUCCUCACACACCAGUCACACCGUCAUUUUUGUCUGCAGAUAUCUUAGUCGACGGAAUGACGAGUCCGUCGCUCGCAGGCUCUGUUGCAUCGCCAUACACGCUGGUACCAUGCGAGUGCGUUGAGCUACAACUUCUCCACAUGAACCGGUUGAGCCAGCUGCUAGCCGAGGCGCUGCCUUUCCAAUUCGACCACAGCCUGCAAACUAUCAAGGCCGCGUUCAAUGUGUGCCAGAUGUUCGUGCAUUGCGGGCAAUGCGCCAAAGACAGCGCCAAUCUGCUCCUGGCCAUCUCCGUCCUGAACCUCAUUCUCCAGCUGUUUGAAUACUGGGUAUCGCAGGCGACAUCUGAUGCAUCUCGGCCAGAGCACAGCGUCGAUCUCCACUACGGCUCCUACGAGAUGUGCCACGACGAGAACCGACGUAUUCGCAAUUUCCUCGUCCGCGGCCUUCUGCUGCAAUGCAGGGAGGUUUUGUCGGGGCUGAAGGGGGUUGUUCAUACGGCAGGUUUUGAAAUGCCCAAGUUCGUCAACGGUGAAGGAGGAGUGACUGAGUCGGCUGCUCCGCAAGACCCAUCCAGUCAACCAUGGGCAUCCCCUCGUCGCCACCUCGGCAUGCCGGAUAUGGAUGCGUCGGAAAGCAGCUGUCUUCUUCCUAUUGUGACAGGCUACGAAGCAACCGUCGAAGCAUUCUUACGGUCUUUUUCGGCGGAGGAUUGUAUCUGCAGGACAGGUGUGCGAGACGAGAUUCGGUAA